AACUGUUAAUGGGCAUUUAAACCCACUAUAAUUAUUUCUGUAGAUUUUCUGGUAGAGAUCGUUCUAGAGUAUUUAAUUGCAAUACAAGUUACACAGCUUUUAUAAACCUUAACCAUGGAAACGCCACCAAGUAUCUUCCUCCGUCCGUUUGAUCUCUCAGACGCCGAAGACGUUCUUAAAUGGGCCGGUGAUGAUGACGUCACACGUUACCUUCGAUGGACCUCCGUUAAAACCGUGGAAGAAGCCCGACAACACAUCCUUCAAACGGCCAUACCACACCCGUGGCGCCGUUCCAUUUGUCUUCUCAAAGACGGUCGUUCGAUAGGUUGCGUCUCCGUCAGGCCUCAUACUGGCGAUGGUAGGUGCCGAGCUGACCUUGGAUACGCCGUCUCUAGACAGUUUUGGGGACGGGUGAUAGCCACGGCGGCGGUGAGGAUGGCCGUGGAACAAGCUUUUGAGAUUUUUCCGGACGUGGUGAGGCUACAAGCGGUUGUUGAGGUGGAGAAUAAGAAAGUUUUGGAGAAAGCUGGGUUUGAAAAGGAGGGUUUGCUUAAAAAGUAUGGUUUUUGCAAAGGAGGUAUUAGAGAUAUAUAUGUUUUUGUAUAGUUUUGUUAAGGUCCAUAAG